AAAACAGUAUUAUUAUUCUAGGUAGAUACUGUUGCCUGUUAAAGCCCAAAGCCUGCUGGAGAUUAGCAUUGUUAGAGAAGGCCUAACUAUUCUAGUACCAAAUAAGACAAUGCAAAAAAUUGAAAAGGGAUUAACUUGUAAUAUAAUAUCUUGGCAGUAUAACCCCUCUAAAAUCUCAUAUAUUGGGCCUGUGCUUUACAAAACAUUGCACUAAACUGUUCUGAUUUUUCAUUCAAGUUUUUUCAAUCUUUUGCUAUUUCCAUUACCCAGAAUGAAAGAUGGGACUCAAUGGUACUUUUUUCCUUCUUCAGGAAGUGUUUUAGAUCACAGCUUGGAAAGCCUCAUCCACCGCCUUCGUGGUUUGUGUGAUAACAUGGAACCUGAGACUUUCCUUGACCACGAGAUGGUAUUCCUCCUUAAGGGGCAGCAGGCCAGUCCGUUUGUUCUAAGGGCUCGACGCUCUAUGGAUAGAGCAGGGGCACCCUGGCAUCUGCGCUACCUGGGACAGCCAGAAAUGGGAGACAAGAACCGCCAUGCCCUGGUGCGUAACUGCGUGGACAUUGCAACAUCUGAGAACCUUACUGACUUCCUGAUGGAAAUGGGCUUCCGCAUGGACCAUGAGUUUGUUGCCAGGGGACACCUGUUCCGUAAGGGCAUCAUGAAGAUCGUGGUGUACAAGAUCUUCCGCAUCUUGACACCAGGGAACACAGACAACACUGAGGCCUUGUCACUCUCCUACCUUGUGGAACUAAGUGUUGUUGCACCAGCUGGGCAGGAUGUGGUGUCUGAUGACAUGAGGAACUUUGCAGAGCAGCUGAAACCUCUGGUUCACCUAGAGAAGAUAGACCCCAAAAGGCUCAUGUGACAAGGCAGUCUGUCCACCACUGGGGCUUGUCCUCAGCUGUUACAAAAAAAGAUGUUAUAAUUGCCCUAUUUCACCACUGCCAGCCAGGCAUUCUUCCCUCAGGAAGGAGGACGAUGAGAACUUAGUUGGUUCUUUGCACUGUUUUCCUCAUAUGGCCAGUUCACUUUUGUGACAGCCUUUCUAAAUUAAAGACUAAGGAUGACAUGGAGAAUCUAGAUAAUCCCUCUGCAUAAAGAGGGGAAACUGGAAUAAAAUAGCUUUGGGGAAUAAAAAUCUUUUAAUUGUUUUGCCAUUUCUGUGUAAGUUUGUAAAACAGAGACUGAGUUUGUAUUGUGCGGUA